AUGGACAACAUCAAUAGCCAGCCUCACCUGCAAGAUAACCCUAUCUCCACCGCCAACAUUAAACAAGGAGAACUCAGAUCCAGAACGAGAUCUGCACAAACCUACAUGCGCCGCUCAGACUUCCAUGAGCAGGGCAAGUCAAAUUCCAGCUCGAGUUCUCAUAGCUCAUUUACCCUGAGUGGCUGCGAGACGGUGGGGAUCGUGGGCUCAGGGAUGGCGGGGCUUGUUGUGGCUUUUUUGCUUGCUAAUGAUAGCCAGAAGAGGUACGAUGUGGAGGUUUUAGAGGUGCAAGAUGUUUUGUCACUGGACUCGGCGAGCUUUGAGCUUCCGAGAUUUGCUGAGGGCUCUGUUUCUGCUGCGGCACAGGCUCCAGGGCCAAAUGAUUCUGGAUUUAACUCUACUUCAGUGUCUGGCGCUGUGAAAGAUGAGAUAGUGAAGGACCAAAAGGAAGGAGAAGACGAAGUAGAAGGGAGAAGAGUUGACCUCCCCAUGCGCGCCUUUGCAGCCGGAUACUACGACAAUCUCUUGAAGAUGUACAAGUUUCUCGGGGUUGUCUUUGCCUCUCCAAAAUUUGUCUACAGCAUAUCUUUCUCUAGAAACAACAAGAAUUGCCCUUCCAAAACUGAGAGGAAAGACGAGAAACGAGGUGCGUACUUCAUCCACUCCUCCAACAACCACAUCCUCCCGCCAAUUCGUCCCGCGGGCGUCGGAGCAACAAAGUACGUAUUCGAGCUUCUGUACCUACUCUUCUGGUAUCUCUGGUUCACGUUUGCCUGCUUUUGGAUACCCCCAAAGACGACGAUGCCCCUGACGAAGAAGGGCAAGGGCAAGGGGGGGAUAGAGUCUAGUGCCAGAGGUGCCAAAGACAACCACCUCACCCCUCAUGCUCAUGAUCCCACCAGCGCUGGAAGCAGCGAAACCCUCCGCGCAUAUCUCUCCCGCAUUGGGAUCCCAUCCUACUACACAACCUGGUUCUUCUUACCCCUCAUGUCCAGUAUAACGACAUGCACGCACGAAGAACUCCUCAACUUCCCUGCCUCUGACAUAAUCGGCUAUGCGCGCCAAACCUACCGCAAACCGCACUACACGCUCACCCGCGGUGUCAAGCAAGCGGAGAUGCGCCUCUCAUCAGGACUAAACGUGAAAUACAACCACCGGGCCACAAAGGUCGAGACACUAGGCAGCGGGAGAGUCCGCGUGCAUUUUGUCGCGAAUGCAGGGACUAAUAACCAGCGGGUUGGCAUGAAUGAGUACGACCGGGUCAUUAUUGCCACGACGCCGGAUGUCGUAGGCAGGAUCUUCAGCCCGCUUUCGUUGGCGAUGAAGGCCAUUCCCACAACGGAGGUACGGACUGUUGUGCAUCGGGAUUACAGUGGUAUUAGCAAAGUCAGCGCCCACCUGCGGGAUUGUGGGCGGCUGCAGAAACGGGGCAUAAGGUCUUUUGAACCGGCGAAGCCGAUUGCCUCCUCAAAUGGCUCUGUCUCCGCUUCUGGCUCAAGCACCCCCGUCCUGACGGCCAUGCACAUGGUUACUGAGACCGACGCCUCAGGGACAUCCCGCACCGAGUCAGUCCACGAACACCCCGCCAACGUCCUAGUCACGACCUAUGCGCUCGAGAACAGCAUUUCUGAAGAACAGGUUCUGCACAGCGUGCGCUUUACCCGCGUCCUUCGAACUCCCGCCAGCCGCGACAUCGUCAACUCCCUCUUUUCCCGCAGCAAAUCACCCGUCACUACGCAGUGUGAGGAGAAAGAAGAGUGGAAGGGUGCCGUCUCGAGAAAGGGGUGGAAGAAUGGCGAUGGGAACGUCUACCUUGUUGGCGGGUGGUGUUGGGAUGGGAUGGUGCUGUUGGAGGGGUGUGUGGUUUCUGCAAUGAGGGUUGCGAGAGAAUUAGGGGUUGAGGUGCCGUGGGAUGGAAGUGGAAGCGCGAGCGCGAGGGGAUAUGGGUUUCAGCUUUAG